AUGGCAACCCGUUCCCGGAGCACCGCUCGUCCCCAAUCCCCUCUCAAUCAAGGAGAGUUGGGACCCACUCUUCAGGCAACCGCCGAUGAGUCAGGAAGCCUCAAACCAGAGGUCUAUGGGGAAAUAUCCCUUAGCCGCGCAAUCUCCCUCCUCCUGGGGUUGCAAAACCAAGUCAUCCGGCUCAAGCGGGAACUCGAGGAAAUCAAGGAAGUCAACAAGGAAGCCCAAGACUGGAUGGGAGCAGUCGACCAAACCCUCACUUGCAUCGAGGCUAGCAAUGGGCCUCAACCCCACACACAGAAGACCGGAAACCACCGGCAUGCGCCCCUCAUUGCCUGGGCCAAUCCUACCAAGCCUCCCAUCACCUUUGCCCAACCAACCCCUAUCCGGGCCCCCCCAAGAGUCCAGACUCCCGCUCCAUCUUUGCCUAUCAGACUUCGCUCCCCCGUUGCCCCUCCACCAGCGGCUCCAGUAGCUGCAUAUCAAGCCCCCGUCAAGGUGGAUCAUCCUGACGCCUACACAGGGAAGAUUGGGAAUGAGUCACAACAAUGGCUCACAAGAAUGAUGGCAUGGGUCCGCCUGAAUCAGCGCAUGUUCCCAACGGAUCAGGAAAUACUCUCGUUCCUUCUAAUGAACAUGAAGGACACCGCAGGAGCGUGGGCACAUCCCCACCUCGACCAACUAGGGUCCCACAGGGCCAUCAUCCAAACGGUUGAGGAUUUCAGGAGGGAAUUCCUGGCAGCAUUUGGGAAUCCAGACGCCACAAGGGCCGCGGAGCGGCAAAUCACCCACCUUACUCAGACAGGCACCUGUGCUGAGUAUAUCACAAAGUUUAGGACCAUUGCCAUGGACCUAGACUGGAACAACGCUGCCCUCCGUGGGCAAUUCGCACGUGGCCUCCACUGGGAGGUCAGCCGCCUCAUCGCCACUCGAGAGCGGCGCCCAACUACCCUCCUGGAGCUGCAAAACGCGGCCCUGGUCAUUGACAAUGCCCUCCGCGAGGAACGCGCCAGCCACCCGCCCAAGGGUAAUAAGUCUGGAACUUCCUCCACCCCCAAUAGGGGGGCGAGUACCGGCCAACAGGCCACAAGACCAGGACGCCUUUCCAGCGAUCCCAACUUUGUCUCCAAGGAGGAAUGA